ACACUGAAAUGUGGGGGACACAGGACAUAUAGGCCUUGUCGCAUUAUCGAUGAUAACUUGUAUAAGAUUUGGGGACGGUGCAUUUUCGUUAAUUAUUAUCGGGUUUUAUCCCAAUGGCUAAAUAAUAUUCAGUGAAUCUCAUUAUUACUUAACUUUUGUUUCUUUAAAUGAUGUGGCGAACUUAUGUGUUCAUUUUAAAUGUUUUAUUCAUUGCUGAUGUGUGGACUGGGUGUCCGUUUAAAUGGAUAGAAUAUAAUGGAAGCUGUUAUUUCAUCACAACACAGGGGUACAGGUUUAAUGACGCCCUAAAUCUCUGCAGCACGAGAAAUUCAACCUUAGCGGUCUUCAGGAGCAACGAUGAAUGGAAUUGGUUGCGGAAAGAGGUGCAUACUUUACAAAGUGACAAUUACUGGAUUGGGUUACGGGUUUCUAACAGAACGUGGUCCUGGGUAGAUGGAACUGCAUACAAUCCAGCAAAUACACACUGGAUUAACUCUAAAGAACCCAGUGUGACAGAUGUUCGACACAGCUGCGGCGCCAUGAAUUCUUAUUCCUCUAACUAUGGAUCAGUGUACCCAAGAUAUUGUUUAGAGUCACAUCGAGUUAUCUGCGUCAAACCAAACGAUGCCUUAGAGCUGUGUGACUCGGGAGAUAAUUGGGAGUACAUCAAUGGAUUUUGUUACAAAAUGUAUGAAGAGAAAAGUAAUUGGUUCGAUGCGCGGAGUGUUUGUCAGCAGAACAAUGGCGAUCUGUACGUCCCAACGUCCUACACGAUGGUACGAUCCAUUAGUGACCUCAUACCGUGUCGAACACCAGAGGAAAAGGCGUGGAUAGGGAUCUCCGACACAACAUGGCCGGGGCAUUUCGUAGCUAUCCACAACAAAACAUUAAGAUACCAAGCUUUCUACUCUUAUGGAAGAGUAAUUUUACAGAGAGGUUCAACCUGUGUCUACUCUAACCCUAUGUCAAACUUCUACUGGCAGACAGCCAUCUGCAGCGAGGAGUACAAAUAUCUAUGUGAGAAAAAAGCAGGAUCCUGUCCAAUUGGAUGGAAGAGUUACCUUGACAACUGUUACCAAAUCAACGACAUCAGUGGGUCACAAACUACGUGGUUCUUUGCUAAGCAGUACUGUGAGCAUCAAAACACCUCACUUCUGAUCAUUGAAAGUUCUGAGGAAGAAGGUUACAUUCAGCAGUUCAUGUUUAACCAGAAAAUUUCCACAGCUUGGAUUGGUUUCUCUGAUGCAUCCCAAGCUGACGUGCUGCAAUGGGUGAAUGGUAAAUUGGUCUCUGGCAACUACACAAACUGGAGCCCCAGCUAUCCCAAAACCAACCCCAAGCAGGCAGACUGUGGCAAAAUUCAAGCAGGGAGGUCAUUGUCUUCAUGGUCCAAUGGAUACUGUUUUAUUUCCCUGCCGUUUAUAUGUAAAGCAAAGGUUAUUACGCGGGUCAUCAAUACAACCACCCCAGUCCAGACUCAUUGUGAGAGAGGAUGGUUACAGUACAAUUCUGGUUGUUACUUGUUUGGGAACGACUCGCUCCAGUCAUGGAAUAAUGCUAGACGUGUCUGUUAUUCCUACUCGGCUGAUUUAGUGACAAUCAGAGAUCCAUAUGAACAGUCCUUCAUCACAGAACACAUACAAGACAUAGGAACAUCCUGGAUUGGUUUGAAAUACAGCUCUGAAUAUCAGAAAUUUAGAUGGGUGGAUCAAAGAUUUGUCAAUAAUGGGUUUCAGAAUUUCUUUCCCGGUGAGCCAGAUGAUGUAGCCAAUGGUGAUGAUUGUAUUAAAAUACAAUCCGGCCGCCUGGAUUACACCGGAUCCUGGGAUGAUGAGAACUGUAGCACUCCACUCAGUUUUAUCUGCAGAAAGCAAGCAGAACCUGGAGCACAGUCAACUGUGAUGCCAUCAACGACACCAGCUCCUUGGAAUAAAGCUUGUGGGACAGGCUGGAUUUCCAAUACACUCAGUAACACGUGUUACAAGGUGGUGCUGGGAAAACCCAAGACGUGGAAUGAUGCAUUGUGGGAUUGCAAUCAGAUGGGAGGGACUCUACUCAACAUAGAAAGUGUUCGAGAGCAGCAUUACAUUCAAGGAAUCCUAAGUACUGGUCCAUAUGCUAGUAUACAGUCCAACUUCUGGAUCGGCGGGUCUGAUGCGACACAAGAAGGUGGCUGGGAGUGGGUCAAUGCCACACUGCCCUUUGCCUACCUCAACUGGCACCCAGGGGAGCCGAAUGAGGCUUUGUCAGGGGAGGAUUGUAUGGAGAUGGUUACAUCAUGGCUGUACCAGUGGAAUGACAAAAGAUGUGACCAUGAACAGCAGUACAUCUGUAAAAAACCAGCUAUCCUGCCAUCAACUACAACAGGAGCACCAACUCCACUGACACCAACAAAUUGUGUACCUCAGCCCCUGGUGUCUGGGGACUUCAGUGUUUUAGACAAAAACAUUGUGGCAACAUCAGAAAGGGACACCAUUCACGCGGCCCCGAGCUCACGGAUUUAUCCAGGAAGUAAAGGAGGAUGGAGUGCUCAUUCUAAUAAGAUUGGGGAGUACAUCCAGGUCUCAUUCUACAACAUGGUUAUCAUUAAGGGUGUGAUGACCAUGGGUCGCUCGGACGCUAUGGAGUGGGUCACUCGGUACAAAAUCAGCUAUCAAUACGACUACUACUCAGAAUGGAACUGGUACGAGGAACCACCAGGAACCCAGAAGGUAUUUACUGGUAACACUGACAACACAAACCCGGUAAACAACACCAUACAGUUCCCGAUCGAGGCCAAGGCCAUCAGACUGUACCCCCAGGCAUGGAACGGUGCCAUUUCUCUGCGCUGGGACGUUCUGGGAUGCAUUGAGGAUUUCUGUAUGGAUGAGUACGCUGUAAGUGGACCACUAAUCGUAGAUGACAACAAGAUCAAUGUGUCCUCCAUGCAUGACCCCAAUCACAGUAACGCAGCCGCCAGAAUUCGUAGCAUUAACCCUCUUAAGAUCCCGAUGGGCUGGAAGGCUGCCGUGGACGACAGUAACCAAUGGAUACAAGUGGAUCUGGGAAAAUCGAUGAUAAUUCGUGGAGUCACAACCAUGGGGAGCACAAUCAGGCAGGAGUGGGUCACCUCAUAUCAGGUCAUUUACAGUGUGGAUACGCAGGAGAAUUACUAUCAGGAACCAUACGCAGACGUCAAGACCAUACCAGGAAACGUGAACAACAAUGAUACUGCCACAUACUUCUUCAAAUGUCUGUUUGAGGCCCGCUACAUCAAGAUCAUACCCGUCACCUUCCAUGGAGGAAUCUCAAUGAGAUUCGAUAUCCUGGUGUGUCAGCAUGGCUGCAAUGCGAAGCCCCUCAUUACUGGCACGAAAAAACUCCCAGAUGACCUAAUCAAUGCUUCUUCAUCUGCGGACAAUGAACAUGGCCCGACACGAAGUCGUCUGAAUCAACCCUCCCAGGGGUCAUACGCAGGGGCUUGGGUCCCUCUGUACCAGGACACACAUCAGUAUAUAGAGGUGGAUUUUGGUGUUGGAAUACAAAUUGUUGCUAUAGCAACCCAAGGGCGUCAAGAUCGAUCAGAAUGGGUCACUCAGUACACUCUGUCCUACUCUGCAGACGGGAUCCGCUGGUACGCAUACGAUGCCUUCACACGGGUCGCCAUAACAUUUGAGGGUAACUUUGACAGCAACACAGUCCGCAAGCAUUAUUUGAGCAUUCCCUUGGUAAUGAGGAAAAUAAGAUUAUGGCCGAAAAAUUUCCACUCCAGAAUUGCACUGCGUUGGGAGGUUUACGGAUGCCCAGGAGCAGACUCUGGGCUCCAAGUUGGUUGCUAUGCUGACAAUCCAAAUGAUCGUGAUUUAACCUAUGAACCCUCCACUGACCCGGCAGUUGGAAUGUGGCCACCUAUGUGUGUUCAUCACUGCUUUAACAGGGGGUAUUACUACGCCGGACUGCAGGCCCAGUUUGAAUGUUUCUGUGGUAACUCAUACGGGCGAUUCGGACCAGCCACAGACUGUAACCUGCAGUGUUUCCCUUUGACAAAAUACAAAUGUGGAGGGAGACAAUCCAACAUGAUCUAUACCACCGGACUCACUGCUGCUAAUUCGAUCUGUCUUCCGGGCUGGAAGGACUACAACAACCACUGCUACCUGAUGAUCCUGAACAAGUGCAACUGGAAAAUGGCACGGUCCAAGUGUCAGUCCAUGGGGGCUGACCUGGUCACUGUCAAUAGUCAGGCCGAACAAGACAUGGUCACCAGCAUUAUCAUCAGCAACCAGGGUUCUGAUGUUUGGAUUGGCCUGAAUGACCAGCGUGAAAGCAGUUUGUUUGAGUGGGUGAGAGGAGACCGGGUGAGAUUCACCAACUGGAACAUCAAUCAACCACGAACACCGGGAAAUACCAACCAGAAGUGUGUCAUGCUUAACGCUACAGAUGGAGGCUGGCAGACUGACAAUUGUGAUGCGACCUACCAGUUUAUGUGUCAGGCUGACAAACGUCCAACGGAGAAACCCACUACCCAGGCCCAGGUCCGGGGCUGCCCAUCUGGUUGGACUGCCUACCGCUGGUCCUGUUACCUGGUGAUAGACAUGCCCCGAGCUUUCCUUGAUGCCCAGAAGGUCUGUCAGGAUAACAGAGCCACCCUGGUGCAGAUUAAUGACAGGUACGAACAGUCCUAUUUGUCCAGUAUACUCGGACAGAAGACGGGGAUGUACUGGACAGAUGUGACCGACGUGAAAUCACCCGGCACCUAUCGUUACUAUGACAACAACUUCCCUUACCUGACCUACACAAACUGGGGCAAUCAGCGACCAGCAGGUGGUGUCUCUCGUUGUGUGGCCAUGAAUUCUGGGUCACGAGCUGGACUGUGGUACGACAUUCUGUGUAGCAUGACCUCGGGGGCGGUUUGUGAGAAGAUGAGGCUUGGAUUCACCAGUCCUGCCACACCCCCUCCCACCACAGCUAGCCUGCCCUGUCCCGACGGCUGGAUCGACGUCGACAACUACUGUUACCAGAUAAACACCAUGCCGCGGAACAGGAUGGCUUUCUAUGACGACGCUCAGCAGGACUGUAGGAACCAAGGUGCGAACUUAGCCAGCUUCCAUAGCACCGCUGAUGCCAACGCCGUCUGGCGGGGACAUCUGGUUGGAUCAAAAACUAAUUACUGGAUUGGAUUGGAUGAUAAUCACAUAGACAGGAACCAGAAGGUGUACAGAUGGAAGGACGGAUCCAGUCUGGAUUUCGUGAACUGGGCCGACAAUGAACCAAACAACUUCCACGGAUCAGAAGACUGCGUGGAGUUAGUCGUCUGGACUGGAAAAUGGAACGAUGUCAACUGUUACUCAAAACGGAACUGGAUCUGUAAAAUAGCCAAAGGAUCACAUUAUCAGAAGAGAACAACACCAUUUGCUCCAACAGCCGGACCUACUGGAAGUUGUGGUUCAGAUGUGGGCUGGAUGUUCUAUCACAACCACUGCUAUUUGAUUUCUGAUGGAGCCGGGAACCAGGCCAAAACGUGGCGAGAAUCUCGACGUUACUGUCAGAGUAAAGGUGGAGAUCUGUUGACUGUGAACAAUGUCUUGGAGCAGUUCUUCAUUCAGCAUCAGAUCCUGAACACAUCUGCUACAGACUUGUGGAUUGGCCUAAGUGAAGUGGACUUUGAUAUUGGAUACAAGUGGUCUGAUGGUAGCCCUGUAUCCUUCGUGAACUGGCAUCCAGGGGAACCCAACGACUUCUUCGGCGCCGAGGACUGUGUAGAAAUCAAAGUGUCUAAUGGAAAAUGGAAUGAUGCGCAUUGUUCCAAUAGACGAGGGUUUGUGUGUGAGAAGCGACUGGGAGCAGCCCCCACAAUCCCCGCCCCUCCCAGGAUUCUGGGUAAUUGUCCCGGGGGAUACGCAGCCGACAAAUACAGCAACAAGUGUUACCGGAUCUUCACAACCCCCAUGUCAUGGUCCAAUGCCUCCAAAUUCUGUAUCGCUCAGGGCAUGGAGAAGUAUUACUUAGCCAGCAUCAACAAUGAUCUGGAUAAUGCUUUUGUGACCACCCUCUUGAGUGGUUUGAACACCAGUCCCUGGAUUGGUCUUAAGAAGCGGACCACUGGACAGUUGUUUUGGGCCGACAACAAUGAUGUGACGUACACAAACUGGUACCAGGGGGAACCUAACGGGGGUUACGGAGUGGAGAUGUGUGGACGGAUCUAUGGUUACCAGCACAAUGCAGGAAGAUGGGACGAUUUGGGCUGUAACAGUAAACUGCCAUUCAUCUGUGAAACCAAAAGAAAAACGUACAUUACCACCCCCGAGCCCAUUCCAAAUCCCUGUGACAGCAAACAAGGAUACAAGCCGUUCGGCAAUGCCUGUUUUAAAUUUAUGCAGACCCCCAAGUCGUGGACUGCUGCUCGGGACUUCUGUAUUACACAGGGGGCGUUCCUGGCUACCAUCUCCAGUGUGUUUGAGCAGGCCUUCCUCAGAUUGUUGGUAAACGGCGUGGAAACUUGGACAGGACUCAAUGACAUCAAGAAUGCUGGUACAUAUAUGUGGAUGAACACUGUGUGGCCUGUCAUUUACACUGCCUGGGAUGCGGGCGAACCUAGUGUACAGACUGGAGCUUGUGUCAGUAUGAACAGCACCACCGGACAAUGGCAGACUACAAACUGUAACCAGAGUCUGGCUUAUGUCUGUAAAAUCACAUCAGAUAACCCCCCUGUGACACCACCAGCUCCGAACGACCAAUGCUUGGGACGUGAUUGGUUGUUGAAUGGCAGCAGGUGUCUGCUGUUCCGUCCCGAUGACUACAGGACGUAUCUGGAUGCGACCCUGGAAUGUCAGCGAGAACACAGCGCACUGGUCUCCAUUCAUAGUGCGGCAGAGAACCAGUUCCUGAUACAAACCAUCCAGACAAAAUACUCAGUACAGGCAGAGGGCUUCUGGGCAGGACUUCACAAAUCUUCAUCAACUGGGUUUAGCUGGUCAGACCAGAGUCCCACAAACUUCCUGAACUGGGACCAGAAUGAGCCCUCGUCACAUGACCAGUGGGGUAAUGAUGAGAACUGUGUGGAGAUUCACGUCUGGAACGGGAAAUGGAACGACCUGGACUGUACACAGAAACGUGGCUAUAUCUGUCAGAGGAACGCAGUGACAAACACCCAGACCUUACCACCACCCUCAAUCUUCACGUUCCCCUCCCCUAGCAACACCGUGACAAUGGUGACUCCACCAAUCAAGAUCUCCACCCAGGGACGCAGUGGUACCACUCCAACAAUCAACAGAAGUACAACAAUCAACAGAAGUACAAAGACAUUGCCCACCAUUCCAACUCCCGCCCCCUACACUGGGCCGAGUGCUACCGGUGCAUCAAAAAGCAGUGGUGGAUUGACAGCUUUAAGUGGUGGAGGUAUAGCAGGCAUCCUCAUUGCCGCCAUUAUUGUUGCCGUCGUCAUAGUAGCUGUACUUAUUGUCUUCAAAAGGAGGCGACAGGGGGGAGGCGAGACCUCACUCAGCUUUGAAAACACAUCAUAUCGUUAUGAUACGAAUUUAGAGAACGGAAAGUUACAGCUGAAUCAUGACGAGUCAGACUCGUAAUGCGCGGCUGUUUUGUUAUACAUUUUGUACGAAUGUUUUGUUAUGUACAGUCUUCAAACUUAAUCAUAAUGAGUCUGACUCGUAAUAUUAUGGCUGUUAUGUUUUACAGUCUUGAAACUUUAGAUUCACUCAAUGAACAUGUGAGAGUAACAGUAUUAUGAGACAUGCGAAUUUUUAAAAUUCUUUUAAGACAUUUUGUUUUGUUCUAUGUUAUGUGAAUUAUAUGAAUUACAAUGAUUUCUGAAUGUGCAAUAUGUGUCAUUUUGAUGCUAAUUCAGAUGUGCAAUAAAGAAUAUGUUGACAGCUUGA